CUGGAUAUCUUUGUCGCCUCAAAAUUCAGCGGAUAGCCGUUUCUUCCGAACUUUACCUUCGUAUUUAAGUACUUCGUUCCCUCUGGGUCUCCUGUUCCUUCUAUCCUUCAUUGCAUUUGUCUCUGUUCGCGGUUUGAUACCCAGAUUUCCUCCUUUCUUCCUCAAAUCCUUCGAUUUCGUGCGCAAGGAUGCCGCUACGACGCGAUAUGGGCGCUCACGUUGGUGGCGAAAAUGCCACAUACGUGCAGAACAGCGCUUUGAGUAGCCCGGUUGAAGAGUUAGAUGCUCUGGUUGUAGGCGCAGGGUUUUCAGGCUGCAAGCUCCUCCAUGAUCUGAGAAAGAAAGGCUUCAAAGUCAAGGUUGUGGAAGCUGGUUCGGACUUGGGUGGUAUCUGGCACUGGAACAAGUACCCUGGAGCGCGAGUAGACAGCCAGUAUCCUGUCUAUGCGCUGGACAUACCGGAGGUAUACGAAACAUGGUCAUGGAGCGAGCAGUAUCCGGGUGUCGACGAGCUGCAACGUUACUUUGCUCAUGUAGAAGCCAAGCUCGAUCUCAAGAAGGACAUGUAUUUGAAUACUCGUGUUACUGCGGCGUCCUUUAACGCCUCGACGGACAAAUGGCUUAUCGAAGGUGAAACCACGUCCGGCACAAAAACCUCGUACAUUGCUCGCUUUUUCAUACCCUGCAUUGGGUUUGCUGCAAAGCGACAUAUUCCAGACUGGCCGUCAAUCGAGUCUUUCAAAGGAGAAAUCUACCACUCUUCCUUCUGGCCGGACCAUGUUGAUGUCAGGGGGAAGAGGGUGGCAGUCAUCGGUCAGGGCGCGACAGGUGUCCAGAUUGCACAGCAGUGCGCACAUGAUGUUGGUCCUGAUGGUGAAUUAUUUGUCUUCGUCAGGACACCAAAUAUUGCAUUAGCAAUGCAACAGGCGAAGAUUACACCGGAGCAGAACGAAGCUAAUCGUGCGGGUCUUCCUGAGACGCUCAAAAUGAGGUUGACUACUCUAGGAGGUUUCCAUUGGAAUGGUGUGGACCAGCCUAUCUCAGAUUUUUCAAUGGAAGAGAGGGAAAGAAUGAUGGAGGAAAUGUGGCAGCUGGGGGGAUUUAGAAUUUUGACAACGUUCAAUGAUAUUCUUUUGAAUGAGGAUAGUAAUCGACAAGUAUAUGACUUCUGGGCGAAGAAGGUUAGGGCAAGGAUUCAUGAUGACCGCGUAAAAGAUAUUUUGGCUCCACUAGAGCCGCCACACCCGUUCGGAGCGAAGCGACCAAGUUUGGAACAAGACUACUAUGAUUCAUUCAACAAGCCGAAUGUGCACUGUAUUUCAAUCAAAGAUAACCCUAUUAUUGAUGUUACAGAAGAUGGCAUCGUCCUCGCAGAUGGCUCCAAGUACGAAAUGGACAUUAUUGCUUUGGCCACCGGCUUUGACUCUGUGAACGGGGGAAUGAAGGACAUCAAAAUCUCCGGCAUUGAAGGAGAGACGAUUCAGAAACAUUGGGAAGAUGGAACGUACACAUACCUGGGGAUGACGUGCCAUAACAUCCCAAACUUUUUCUUUACAUAUGGUGCGCAGGCGCCCACUGCCUUUUCUAACGGACCAAGUUGUCUUGAGCCACAGUGCGAAUGGAUUGAGAGAGUGAUGGAGUCUCAGCGAAAGGAUGGUUGGACCAGAAUUAACGCGACGAGGCAGAAGGAGCUGGAGUGGAAGGAGAUGUGCGAACAAUUCUCGGCCAUGACACUGCGACACAACGUGAAGUCAUGGUAUAUGGGCACAAAUAUUCCCGGCAAGAAGAAGGAGGCGUUGAAUUACAGCGGAGGGCUGCCGCUGUACAUUGCAACUAUUACUGAUGUCGCAAACAAAGGCUGGGAAGGUUUUGUCUUGAGCGCGGGAACUGCGGCGGCUACAGAGAAGGAUAUCACAACUACUCUAAAGGGCGCUACGGAGCAUAUUGACACUGUUGUGAAUGGUGUGCCUGCGUGAUUGCUUUGCGAGUUUAAAUGUACUUCUUUCUCCUAUCCACGAUGAUGAAGAAGAAGAAAGUGGAGACAGUUCACACUUAUGCUCUCUCCUCCUCUACGUAGAAAUUGAGUGUAUC